AUGAGCUCUAGACCAUAGUUAUAUUAGGCAUUUUAGAGUCCAGACGACCUGGUGUAUUCAUCCUAUACUAGUGAAUCUAUGGCUAUGAUAAAACCAAGUGAACAGAUAAAAUCACUUUUGCAUGGUCGUUUUCAAAAUUACUCUAAAAAUCAAACAGAACCAGAAGAAUACCCAGAUUCAUUGAAUCAAUAAUGCAAAACAAAGCCUAUUGCUCAAUCUAAAGAAAUCUAGAUUCAGAAAUCAAUUUAACAAUUGAAACAGAAAUUGCAUCAACAACAGCAAGAAUUUUAUAGCAAAGAAUUAUUAUUGUAAGAGCAAUUGUUGCAAGCAUAACUUGAGCAUGAUAAAUUGAUGAGAUUGGCUAAGCAAAAAUAUGAGCUAAUUAUUGAUAGUCUUAAAUAACAGUUAAAAUAAAAGGAUGAAGUAAUAUAUGAUUUAAAUCUGAAAUUGAGAGUGUCUCAAUCAUCAUAAUAAAAAAGCGAUAAAUAAAUAAUUGGAAAACAUUCAAAAAAAUCCUCUAUUAUGACAGGUGAAGAAUUAGAUUCAGAAGGUGCUUGCACAUAGAGAACUUUAAAUGUUCCUACUCGUUCCUCAACUUCUCAGCAAUAAAAUGAUGAUAAGCUCUUGAGUCUUUAUCGACAUGAGAUUGACAAAUUAAAACACUAAACAUUCGAAUUUGCAUAAAAAUUUGAGACUGAAAAAAGAACAAUUAAAGAUGAAAUCUCCUUACUCAAGAAUCAAAAAUUAUUACUGCAAACCUUAUUGACAACUAAACAGUCUCCAUAAUCUGAAAGGAAGUUAACUAAAUCUGAAGCUAAAACCUCAUGCAAAACAAGGAAAUAAGAAAACUCAUCCAUAAGAAUGCCCAAAAGUAAAACGAGAUAAUAGUUACGAUUUGACUGA